AUGAAUCCACGCACAGGCGAAGGCCACAUGGAAUGGGAAUACAGUGGCAAUGCGCCGUGCGAUCCCUCUAGUCCCUUUACUCACGUCGCACAGCGAAACUUGGGCUUUGGCGGCUUCUCAUCUCCUUCUAAAGGAAGGGGCCGUCCGAAUCCAUUUGCAACAAGCAUUCCCUCGCCAUCCAGACCGCAACCGCCCUCAUCCUCUCGCUUCGCGCCACAGAUUUCGGCCAAGAGCACGGCCCCUCCCUUUCGCAACCCAGCCUUUACAACACCGCGAAAACCAUUCGACGAAGCAAUUUUGUCUGAGGCGUCCGGCGCAGAGGAUAGCCCGGCCCCUACAGAAGCGUCGGACAUGCCCAACGAUACGCCAGACGUGGACCACCUCGGCGACGUCUCUAUGGGCGGCGUCAUAACGCCGACCAAGGUCAGCAAGUCGGCGCGUUACGGGCGAUCCUCACACAAUAAGAAGCACAGCUCUGGGAAGGGCGAAAUUAGGAGCAACCGGGACUCAUCACGGUCGGCGCUGCUGCGCAAGCGGAAGCGCCACAACUUGGACCGCGACGUGAGCAGCGUUGUGCGCUACCAGGGCCAUGAUGAGUCCGACGGCGAGACGGAUGCUUCAGUCUGGUCUGAGGGGAUAUUGCGGAAGGACAAAAGCCAGGGCAGAGGGCAGCAACGCGGCUUUCUGGGGUCCAUCUUCCACAUGCUCGACGAGCACCCCAACGCUCCCGAGAACCUGCACAGGUGGGUUCAGCUCUUCAUCAACAUGCUGGUGGCCACGACUGUCAUUGGUGUCGGCUGGUCCAUUGUUUCAACAAUUCGCUCUGAUAUCCGCAACGCCAAUGAAGGCGCCCGGCUGGAGAUUAUGAGUGCGAUUGCAGAGUGCACCAAGCACUGGAAAGAUAACGCCUGCGAGACCAACAACAGGCCCUUCUUCCAGUCGCAGUGUGAUAAAUGGCACGACUGCAUGGUGCAGAAUCCCGAGUCGAUUAUGCGCGUCAAAGUGACGGCCAAGCAAAUCGCCGAGAUUAUCAAUGAAUUCUCGGAAGCGAUGAAUUUCAAGGCAUGGGGCUUCUUCUUUGCCAUCAUUAUCAUCUGUGUAUUUGGAAACAAUCUGAUUCUCGGCCGCAACGCCAACAGUGGCCAAGUGACGGCGUUCAACGGGGAACCACAGAAGAAUGUCAACAGGAUGGCGGACGACCCGAAUGUCAUAUGGAUGCCCGUGCAGACGCCGCGGAUGAAGCGGCACAUGAUGCUGGACGACGGAUCUGAUACUGACAGCUCCCUUCCACGGUCGACGCCGCUGAUGCUGCCGCACGCCACCCCAAGCGGGCGUAGGAGUCCCAGCAAGGGCGAACGAGCUAGAAGUCCAAUCAAGUACUCGCGAAGCCCAAGUAAGGGCUAUUAG